GGUUGAUAGGUGGUUGUCUGUCUGACAUUAAGUGAGCACGGAUGGAUGUCCGGUCCAACAAUGGAGAUGUGCAGGCUGCAGCAGUGAACGAGUGUCAGGCAGGAGGACAGAUGAGCUGAGCGUGUACCUGCAGGCUGAGAGAGUGUGAGCGACUCAGAGGCAAGAUCCUCUGCAGAACACGCCCUUAUAGAAAAGGUAUACACACACACACACACACACACACACACACACACACACACACACACACACACACACACACAACACACACACACACCGAGCCUGAUCAUUGAGGAGCUGCUUACCUGGAAAACAAACAGCCCCAAUGCUCCCGCACAGGCUCACACCACCGGACAGCUACCAAAUGAAAAACCAGGACGAGUUGUUUUCCACAAACUUUGGUUUGGCUCGAGGAGUUUUAUUCCCGCGUGCAGCCCGGAACACCUGGACGGCUCGCGGGGCUCGGUAGAGAAAAUCCCGGCUGGUUGUUGCAACAGCAGAGAGCAUUGAUCCACCAUGAGUAGGAAGACACGGCGCUGGAUUUUCCAUUUUUUCCUCUGCCUGGGAAUUGUAUACUUGAAAAUCGGGGGUCUGUCAUCGGUGGUCGCGCUGGGAGCGAGCAUCAUCUGUAAUAAGAUCCCCGGCUUGGCUCCUCGUCAGCGGACUAUCUGUCAGAGCCGACCCGACGCGAUCAUCGUGAUCGGAGAGGGGGUUCAGAUGGGGAUCAAUGAGUGUCAGUUUCAGUUCAGACACGGCCGCUGGAACUGCUCGGCCCUGGGGGAGAGGACCGCGUUCGGGAAAGAGCUCAGAGUGGGCAGUAAGGAGGCUGCGUUCACCUACGCCAUCAUCGCUGCUGGAGUCGCCCAUGCGGUCACUGCGGCCUGUACGCAGGGAAGCCUCAGCGGCUGCGGCUGCGACAAGGAGAAACAGGGUUUCUACAACCAGGAGGAAGGCUGGAAGUGGGGCGGCUGCUCUGCGGACGUCCACUACGGCCUGGGGUUCUCCAAAGUGUUUGUGGAUGCACGGGAGAUCAAGCAGAAUGCCAGGACGCUCAUGAACUUACACAACAAUGAAGUGGGACGCAAGGUUCUGGAGAAGGGCAUGCGUCUGGAGUGCAAGUGUCACGGUGUGUCAGGAUCGUGCACCACCAAGACGUGCUGGACUACCCUCCCCAAGUUCCGUCAGCUGGGAUUCAUGCUCAAGGACAAGUACAACCACGCCGUGCAUGUGGAGCCUGUAAGAGCCAGUCGCAACAAGCGCCCCACCUUCCUGAAGAUCAAGAAACCCCAUUCCUACCGCAAGCCCAUGGACAACGAGCUGGUCUACAUCGAGAGGUCGCCCAACUACUGCGAGGCCGACCCUCUGACCGGCAGCAUGGGGACACAGGGUCGACUGUGCAACAAAACGGCUCUGCAGCCCAACAGCUGUGACCUGAUGUGCUGCGGUCGAGGAUAUAACACACAUCAGUACUCCCGCGUUUGGCAAUGCAACUGCAAGUUCCUGUGGUGCUGCUACGUCAAAUGCAACACCUGCAGUGAGAGGACAGAGGUGUAUACCUGUAAAUAGAAAUAUUUAUUGGACGUGACUUCGGACGCACUUUUACACUGGACUUAGUGCGUGUGUUGUUCUUGUACUUAAGAGUUCGCUGUGGCCGAUGCACACACGUGGAGUGAUUGCCUUGCUCUAUUGGCACAAAAAAAAUAACUUUGUCAGGCUCUGCUUCCAACAUGUGUUGAUUAUAGUGAUGCCAAUGGACAUCUGCCGUGACACUGGACUUUAAACCUUUGGGCUCGUCCUUUUUGAAAUCCAAAAGACACUUCAUGCGACAGCCCUGACUUCUCCGCUGGCCUGCUGCUCCUUGAACGAUUUUUGUUUUUCUAGAACUAAUAAUUUAUUCAAUGAGAAAACUACUGAUUCUUCUAAAACAUCACUGACGACAUAAUCCGGUGACGUUUUGUAUGUUGGAUAAGAUUGCCGUUUGUGUCAAAUAUCGUAUGCGCACUUAAAAGGAAAACUAGUUUUUCUCUUACACACUGGAGCUAUAAACUGAAAUGGUCUGAAACUAACUCAGCUGAAUGACACUGCAGCUUUUGUGAAUUAAGCCAAGCAAAAAAAAAAAAAAAAAAACCUUCAAACUACUGAUCCUGGGCUUGGUAUGAUAGUAUUGUUUCCUGUUUCUGCCCCCCCUGCCCCUGUUGGUUUGCUGCUAGUAGCCUUGUAAGGGAGUCUGUCACUAAGCGGCCAUAUUGACUCUUCAAGCUAGCUUGACGUCAUCAGGAGCAAACAUGAGCUUCUGGACAUUGCCCUUCAUUUUGGUUGAUAGAAUAUAUUUGAUAAAAGAUUAUUUUUAUAUGAUAUUUUUUCUAUUUAUUUUCGUAUCUAUAUGUAAGAUAUUUUCCCUUUAGCAUUUUUAACUGUACAGUUACUGAGUUUUCCAAAAGGAAAUGUCCCGCUGAGGCACGUUUUUGUUUUAAAGAUGUGCCUCGUUUCUCAACAGUAGAAUACCGUUAAUUACACUGAAAUGUGCAGUAUUGGGAUUUUUGAACCAUUUCAGUUAGUAUUAUCACAACUUGCCUUGAGAAAGAGAGUCAAAGUCCUAACGUAACCUCCGAGCUAGCCACUGUCUCACAAACUAGCUUAACUGAUCCAGUGCUAUCUGUGGUACAAGGUUUCUUUGCUCUGUCUUUUUAAAAAUGCUCAAUAUGUUUUUUUUCUGGUGUACUAUCCGUAUCGAAGCAUAAAUGAGUGUAUGCUACAGCAUUUGCCCAUAAAAUCUGAACCACUGAUAGUUGGAAAGGUAAACAGUGAUUUGUUUGUUAGCAUACAAAGUGGUUAGCUACUAUGAAUUCAAAGCAGUGCGCUUCAGUUUCUAUGGAAAUCUCUGCAGAUUUUCUAUACAGAAAUCGAUGUUCAUGAUUUCUAGGAUUAUCAGUAAAAGAUUUAAGACAUCGCUCAUGAAAUAUCUAAUCAAAUUACCCCCCCCCCCAAAAAAAAAAGAU